AUGUGCACGGGCAACCCGGUCACGCUCAACAUCCUCGGCUACCACCCAUACCUCUACUGCCGGGCGCUGCGCCGCUACAUCGAUGCCAAGACCAAGGAGCGGCAGAAGAUCCUGCAGGAGGUGACAAGCACCUUUGAGAGGGUCAUCCCGAUGUUGCCACAUCACGCCAAGCACCACGACCAGCGCGUCAUCCACUCGGUGGCAAGUCAUUGA